CGGUGUUUUUGUUAAUCGCUCUAGCACUUUGCUUAGAUUGCGGAAUCACAUUAAGGAGCUCUAAAUAGUUUGAUCUGUUGCGGCUGAUCGGACGCGAUGGCGGAGUCAUCAUCUCAACUCGCAGUCCCCCUGGACGCGCAUUUUCCGUACGUGCCUAAAGGUCCGGGCGGAAGAGACCCUGCUACGACACUUCCACGUAUCUUGAAUUUCCUCACCGAUGAAGACCAAUAUAGACACCCGGGCUGGAAGCAGAGGGUGAAGUUGAUCAGUAAAUAUCUCCAGGAAGCGGAUGAGGCUCGCAAGGCUGGCGAGCUCGGUUACGAUAUUCCUAAUGUGCGCGCAAUGUUGGAUGAUGCACUCAUUAUAUUGGACGAGCAGCAGAGAUCGUAUGCUUGGAGUAACGGCCCAACUCCCUGGGCAAUGUUGCCGUUAUCUGGCCAGCCUAACUCUACGAGACUACCGACUUCCUCAGACCAAUUUCUGAAGGCGACUCCGGACAAGUCACGGUAUAAGCGUAGGCGAAUCGAUUAUCCGGCUUCCUUCAACGAUAAAAAUAAAUCGCCCAAUCGUGUUGUUACAUCACCAUUUGUUUCCCUGACUAGAGGAGGAACAGGAUUGCUCGAUUUAUUCUUAGCAGACGAGGAGAGCUAUUUCGAGAACCCUCAGAAUCCUGCAUGCUCAGCUCGUGAUGGCAUCAAUUUGUACAAACUCGACAAUGAUCGGUAUGAGCACUGUAUGAAGGGUGGGAUUAGAGAAACCCUGAAGCGGGCACCGUGGAGACAUGCCAAAGACAUCCCCGAGGUUCGGGAGUUACCCAACACCCCUAGCUCUCCAGACAAGGUGCCAGAUAAUCUACAAGAAUUAUGCCUUGCACGAGGCUGGCAGCGAGCUGCGAUCCAACAGUGCCUGAAUCUAUUCAGCAACCACGAGAACAGAGUGGUCAACACUCCAUGGCGUCGGGUGAUCCUCCCUUUCAGAGAGCAUGUAAUGCCCAAGGAGCUCGUCUACUACCCACGAGCGCUCGCUCCGGAGAAAGUUCCUCACUCGCUCAAGGAUCCCUACCCUUUUAUUCACCAGUACGAAAAAUACAACGAGCUCAUGAAUAACCUAGGCUCUCGGACGCGCCGUCUCUAUAUCCGCGAUCACUUUAACAGUUUUCGGCGGUCUGCCCUACCUAACAACUUCAUAGGGCCGUUUAUCUACCACGGUCUUUCUGUACAUGAUGACCACUGGCUUAGAAUUGGGUCGUAUCUGAAGCGGCUACGCGUCCUUCUGCAGGACGCGUUCGCCAUCGCCCCCAGGUCUUUCAUGCUGGCUAUUCUAAGAGACAUCGAAGCUGGAAUAGAAUCCCGACCUGAUUCUGAGACGGCUCCGAAAUACAUCCGCAACGAUGUCAUGAGACGCCCUGGUGCUGAUGAGGAACACGAGGACGGAGACAGUGGUCCGCCGACGCUUCUGCUUAUAGACGAGGCUGAUGCUGCCUGGUUGAGAUUUUUGUGUGAGCCCUCUACCACACCUCUGAUGACCGAUCCCAAGAAGCAACCCCAAGAUAACCUCACCAUCCUAUUCGAUAGUCGGCUUCAAAGCUUUUUGAACGACCCAAACGUAUCAGGUAGCCCAGUAAUAACUGGAGAAGGCGAUAUUUUCGAUAUAAGUAUGGAGACUUGGGAAGGAUACCCAGGUGGUCCCCACCCAACCCUCGAGCAGGCAUUGGCGUAUAUAAAUGGUGGCGGAGACGUUGACGCGAAUGAGACCUACCAGUUCAGUUAUGAGGAAGCCAUGAGUUACGCUAGGCGGUCUUCGUAUCUCGGUCGAUGCAGACUCCUACCGACAGCGGAUGGCGCCGGCUUGCUUGUCAUGCGACCUCUUUACGAAAUACACCCUGAACAUCGCAUCGCUUGGCGCCACGAUAAUAUGGAAGCAUUCGACGCAAGCCAGGCCUCGUAUCAACAAGCUAUACUUGACCACCUGGCAGGUGCGUAUCCGCUAGACGACCCAUACAGUAUGGAGGGUCAGUUCGCGCAUAUCCUUGACCAUAUCGAUGAACCGGACCUCCCGCGGUUGUUGGUGGAAGCAACACAGUCCGGAAACGCCGCACAGGCGACAAGAGAUAUACUGUCAUCACGAAUUCAUAACGAGUUAGUUCGUGCUCGAGGCUCGUACGAAGAGGGUGGGCGAGGGGUAACACGCCAGGAACCCAGUUGGUCCGAUCUCACUAGUUGGGAUCAGCUAGGUAGAUUGCGACACCGUAAAGGAGCGGCUCUAUCAGUGCCAGAGAGGACGGUCCAAUUCUAUCGCAACCUUGCCUACAGGAUGGGCCGCACAAUAGCGUACACAAGAGAACUCGAACGCCGGCUUGAGAUACCAGCUCCUGGCAACAAUGCCGGAGAGAACGGGGGCGAGAACAGGGGCUCAUCUAGAUGGAAAGCAAUCUCAAGAAAUGCUUUAACUGAGGACUACCAAUUUUGGCGGAAAUCUAUUCAAUAUGGCACGGGCGAAAUAGAAUUCAAACAACCAACGAUUUACAGACUCAUCGAAAAAGCAGAUCCCGACGAGGAAUUACAAAACCGGUUCAAGGAUAAGCACGAGUGGGAUUUGAUCAGAGAAGGGAUGAUUGACGAAUGCGUCCUCAAUCGCAACACGUUGUAUCCGUCCCGCGAGAUUGUUCUUGAGGACUCGUCGGGUACAUAUAAGAGCAUCUCGGACUGGAAAUCAAACAGAAUGUUUCAAGGUGUCAAGCGACCAAGCCUCUGGAAAUGGGCUACAGAUUCGCAGAGGCGAUACCAGGCACCCUUUACCAGAUUUGCCUUCUUCUCUAUGAUGCGCUGGCCUCUUAUGCACCAAUCUAAAGAAUGGAGACAAUUCCUUACAUCACGACGGGAUGAGACCCAAAGAAUAAACCCUCGCCUCCCUCAGCAACAAUACGGGAUCCUCGCGCCUAGACUACCUCCGCAAAUAAAUCCACAGAAUUCCAGCGGUCAGUAUCUGAGCACAAAGAAUACGACUUCGGAUCAAGACACAAAGGGGCCGAGGGGAACAAAGAGGGUACGGACAAGGGGUUCAGAAGAAACAAAGCAUGACGGUACUACAAAGCCUUCAGAAGAGACAACUACCCCGAGGCUCCGCGGCGGAAUGGAAGAAGAACCAUUUCUAUCACCAUUACUAUCACCAUCACCAUCAUCACCAUCAUCAUCAUCACCACAACAAUUUUACCAACAACAACCUCCUCCUCCUCCUCCCACACACUCCGGAAGUGCAGAGAAUAUGGGAGCGGUAGCACCACCAAAGACGUCCCAGCCUAAGACGCCCCGGCCUAAGACGCCGGGGCCCAAGACGCCGGGACCCAAGACGCCGGGGCCUAAGACUCCGGCGGCGAAGAGGAUAGAGAAACCCACUUUGAAGCCUUUCACCAAACCAAAGUCACGAUUCGUACCAGGACCUGCUAUAUUCCCUAUGGCCGAGACACUCCUACAAUCAGUUGCUAUGAGCAAUGAAUUAGAAAACGUGUUAUAUCCGCCGCCAAAGCUCAACUUCCUCCAGAAGAUCGUCAAAUUAUACAACCAGUUGACAGAGGUCCCGGACCGUCGAAUCCCCUUACUGCCGCCACUGACAGAAUCAUCCAACCGGCAAAGAGACAAAGAACCACUGGCCAGCCUGAGAAAUCUGGUCUCACCCCCUUUGGUCCUUCCGACCCUGCUGGCAAGGGAGGGAAGUCAGUCACGUGGUCCGAAGAUCUUACACCGGGCACAGGAUUAGAUCCUUCCAUUAAGGUGGGCCAGGACCCGUUCUCGUACCUUCAAAGAGUCAGACAACUCGAAAUACGACUAGCCGAGACGGAAGAAAGACUAAGGCUAGAAUCGGAGAGGGCAAACCGCGCAGGAGGGCAGGUACCAGUCAGGCAGCGGACCCAGGGGCCAACCCAGAGGCCAACACAGAGGCCAACGCAGGGUCCAACCCAAGGGCCAACGCAGGGGCCAACCCAAGGUCCAACCCAAAGGCCAACUCAAGGUCCGACCCAGGGACCAA